CCUACGAUAUUUGCGUUGAGAUUCACGGGCGGACCGACCGGUUUGUGGCGAUUGUGUCGAAAGAGACAUAUUAUUUGCCAAAAGAUUAGCCAAUUCUUCGCAUUUCUAUUUCUGGUGGCGAUUAAUGCCGGUGCCAUCGAUGACUGCUUCGCUACAUAUCAGUCACUCAUACAACCGGACCGUAGUUUUGUAGACAACGAAAACCUCUUCUACAGUCUGGCCCUCAAUGUCACGGGUGCGCUCGCGCUCGACAUACUCUGGUAUAGGAGACGACUAUUGCGGGAAUUGCUUGAUAUGAUUGAUUUGGAGCACAGGAUAUGCAUUAUAUUUGACGAGGAGAUCCGGCGCGCCAACGCCCGUAUCAUCAGGAAAAAGUCGUGCGGUAUGUUUGUGUUUAUGGUCUCCUACGCCUGGUAUACCAUCUGGUCUGUGAUCGACUCCUCCGACGAAAGCAAUAUUGUUAAGCCAGAUAACCGUAUUCAAGAGAUUCACUGCCUAAUUGUAUACAUCAUUAGAUGUCUGUCCGUUUUGGUAUUCUCUAUAAUCCUAUCGUUUUAUAUAUCGCUUUCGUGGGUCUUUCGGCUCAAAGUUCGCCGAAUUAACCAACACUUGAAGAAACAGUUGUCCGAAGCGACCAAUAAGGCCAAUGAUGCCAACCCUGCCGUCAAUGAUAGCGCAAAAAUCAUUGAACUCUGGUUCAGGGCUUAUAUCAUUCAGUCCAAGAAGUUUGAGAUCAUAUUCAAACAAAUAGCCGGCAUGUUUUAUAUGGUUAUGAUUUACUCCAUACUAGCGUUGGCACAGAUUGUCAUGUCUGCCGUUUUGAACAAUUUGACGGACAUGUCUCCAAUGAAACCCAUAUGUGAUGGGAUCGCCAGUCUAGCCAUUAUUGUUUACUUCUUGUAUUCGGUAUCUAUUGUCGAACACUAUUUACUAAAAGUGGCUCGACUUCUGUAUCAAUUGUCGCUAACAAUCAGAUUCAGAUCCGAUGACAAUGAGACCAUUACUCUCAGCAAAAAAUUUAAACUGCUGGGGUGGACAAUACAUAGGACUGGUCUUAGUUUAACCAUUUUUGGUAUUAUUAAUAUCAAUCGACAUCUGAUUAUAUCAACUGCCAGUCUGUUGGUUACUUACUCCAUAUUAAUGUAUGAGUUCACGAGUGGCAAACAUAGUCUCUUCAUUCACUGA